AUGACCGAACCACCACCCAAAAGGAGGCGAUACAUUCCUGGCGGCGCCGGCGGCGGUGGUCGUUUCAUCGAUGAUGAUGGAACCGAAACACCCAUCACAGUGCGAAGACAGCCAAGGGAGCCGCGCAGCGUAUCCGCACUGGUCCCUAGAAGAGAGCGAAGUGCCAGAAUACGAACCGCCGCCGAUCGAGACGAGAUGGAAUUCAGCUCUGCGGCUGCCGUUGCCGCCGCCGUUGCCGAGAACGAGGGAUACAAGCCCCGAGAGGAGCGCGGCUGGGAGGAGUUCCACCCCAAGCUCGAUAUUGAUGCCACCUUUAUGGUCUUUCGCUCCGAGGAGGUUGAUGGCCUGCCUCUACCAGUUGUAAAGUCGCCUCCCGGCACCCCGAGUAUUGCCCGGCCCUCUACCCCGAUGAACGGAUCCAGCACGCCCUUGAAGGAGAUGAACCCAGCUUCGACAGGCAAUACCCCAGCUCCGCAAACGAACUCAUACUUUGCGCUCGCCAAUGGGGCCGAAACUCCGCAGAAACGACGAACCAGACCGCCUCGCGAAUCCGUGUCUUUUCUCAGCCGAGAUUUAGCGCCAGUGUCGACCCCGAAGGUACCGCAAGUCCUCCCGAUCCGGAACCAAACACCAAAGGAGCGCCUAGACUUGAAGGCGCCCUCAUACCGAAGAUCAGACCAGGUCGAACAAUUUGAAAGCAAGAGCUUUGGCCAGGCGCGCUAUGUCGACAAGUCGAUGAUGAAUGUUGGCUACCAAGAAACCGAUCGAUACAUUCGCCCCGAUGGCAGGCUCAUCAAGGCCGCAGAACCAAAUCUGGAAGAAGACGAGCAGUCGGCAAUCAAGCCCGAUGGCGAAGUCAUCCCGACUGGUGGCACCAAUGUUGGCCGUGUUGAAUACGACAUGGACGAACAAGAUGACCAGUGGCUCGAGGUGUACAACCGAGACCAUCGCAAGGCUCAAGACCUCGAGAUCAUUACCCGCGAAGUAUUUGAGAUUGCCAUCACCAAGAUUGAGAAGGAGUGGCAUGCCUUGGAAAAGCGAAUACCGAAACCUAACCCAAAACCUCCGCAGACGCAUCGUCCGCGCUCUAGUUCAGCUGCGGCCGUUAAUGGCGAGCCUCAAGUCGGAGAAGAGCAGGAUAGCAAGUGUGCGAUAUGCGACGAUGGUGACUGUGAAAACACCAAUGCCAUUGUGUUCUGCGAUGGAUGCGACCUUGCGGUUCACCAAGAAUGCUACGGCGUACCCUUCAUUCCCGAGGGACAAUGGUUAUGUCGGAAGUGCCAGCUUAUUGGGCGCGGUGUUCCGACUUGCAUAUUUUGUCCCAACACCGACGGUGCUUUCAAGCAGACUAACUCUAGUAAAUGGGCUCACCUGCUUUGCGCCAUGUGGAUUCCAGAGGUGUCCUUAGGCAACGCCACCUUCAUGGAACCUGUCAUGGAUGUGGAAAAGGUGCCAAAGACGCGCUGGAAGUUGAAUUGCUACAUAUGCAAUCAGAAGAUGGGUGCUUGCAUACAAUGCAGUAACAAAUCUUGCUACCAAGCGUUCCACGUCACAUGCGCCAGGCGGUCACGACUUUUCCUUAAGAUGAAAAACAGUCACGGAGCUCUUGCGGUUCUUGAUAACAGCAUGGUCCUCAAGGCAUUCUGCGACAAGCACUGCCCCCCUGAUUACACCAAAGACAACGGAGUCGCACAGGCAGCGCGGGAAGCUAAGAAGUUCUACAAGCGAGCCAUGAAGGGACGGAUAUGGGCGGACAGUCAGGCAGCAGCUCAUACUCUGGCUGCCAACCAUCGUCACGCAUUGACGGAGCAUCCCCCAGACGAGAGCCAAAUGACUGGCGCCAAAUUCGCGUCCUACGUUGCUGGAGGGGACAAGAAGAAGGGGCAACCUGCGAAGCAGAUUUGGAAGCUGCCAUCGGGUGCACCCAUCAUCCCUCAAGCGGUCUUUGAUAUUGUCGAGCAAGCGCUGUCGAGAUUCCCCUUCCGCAAGCGCAAAGAUUUCGUAAGCGAAGCUUGCCGCUACUGGACACUGAAGCGCGAAGCUCGUCGUGGCGCUGCCUUGCUCAAGCGUCUGCAAUUGCAGAUGGAGACAUUCUCGUCAAUGGAGCUGACGAGACGGAACUUUGCACAGAUGGGACCUUCGGGCAAGACCAGGCUUGCCAGGCGAAUCGAAUUCGCCGAGACAUUGCUAAAGGACCUUUGGGAACUCAAGACUCUUUCGGAGAACGUCGUUCAGAGGGAGCAAGAGAAGCUCGAGGCUGCAGAGCUCGAGCAAGAAUUUGUGGAUACUUGCUACUUUCCGAUUGCGAAGCAGCUUGUUCCUGUGGUCGAGAGAGCCAUGUUUCUCGACAAGAAUAUUUUCAAGGAAGGUUUGUUGGAACUCCAGGACAAACUGGAGCAGCGCUUCUACACCAACACAUUGGUGUUCACACACGACCUGUGUGAAGUGAUCAACGUGGGCAUCAAUACCGAACCUCCUGCCCUCGAGGAGGAACCACUUUCGCCCGUGAAACAGAACUUCCAUGAUCCAAGGCAAAGGAAGGCGCUUGGAAAACGAAUACUGAAGGAUGUGCAGCCACGGCUGGAGGCGGCCCUCAGGACGGAAGCUGAUAUCACACACAAACCACUGGACACCUUGACGAAAGAACUUGAGGGCAUGUUGGAAGCCAGUAUCGAGUUCCGUCAGCCAUCAAUUACUGUCUCGCGCGCAGAAGAGAGCACAGAACCUAGCCCGGACACCAUUAUGGUGGACGCUACCGACGAAUCGGUACCAGCAGCGGUACCUAAGCCUGAGCCUGGACCUGAACAAAAGCAGCAGGGGCCAGAAGAUCUGCAGAUCACAGUGGCUAGUGAAGAGAGCGUUGCGAAGGCCAAGGAGGAAGAAGACAUCAUGAGACCUCCAGACGAUGAUGAGAUGGAUGUAGAUGCUGAAGGCGAAGACGACGAUGAGGGCAAUAUCGAAGUCAACACGUCGACUCUGGAAAAGCCAAACGACGUGCACUCAUCCAACUCAUCAGUAGCAGGUCAUGAGGGUAACGGAAAGGCGGCAGACAAACCGGAGACCAUCGUGCCAACGAUUGUUCCGCCACCAUCCGACACACCCCCAGAAACCAACGGCUACGUCUCCAUCGCUAGGCCAUCACAACCCGCGCCCCCGACACCACCGCAGUCCAACGGCAGUCUCGGCAACGAGUCGACAGACCCGCUCUCCGAGGGCGGCGUGCCAUGGUACUUCAAGGAGUUCAAGCCGAAGGGUACUACCAUUGUUGAAGAGCAGUGGGCUGGCCGCGAAGCUCUCCGCAGUCUUAGUGAGGACUUGACGGACAUGGACGAGCAAGAGCUUGAGGGUCUCGCGUUCGACGUCGAGGACAGCACUAUUACUGCUUCGCCGACCGUCCCUGGCGAGAUCACUGCCGAUACGAUCGUCAGUAAAGCCAAGUCCAACAGCAAGGUGCGCAAGCGCACGAGCGCCCGGUCGUCGAGAAGGCGUUGA